UUAUUAUUAUUGUUAUUAAUAUAAAUUAAGCAACAAUACAUUUAUAAAUAUUUGAAGGGAAAUUAUCCUUGGGUGCUUAAAUGAGAGGUGUCUAUUUCAGUGCACGCGUGUUCCAGUGGUGUCACGACAAUUGUGACCUUCCUCCCUCCAUCCAUCCAUCCAUCCAUCCAUCCAUCCAUCCAUCCUUCCUUCCUUCCUUCCUUCCUUCCUUGCUCGCAUGCUCCGCAGCCUCACAGCCAUUACCGAGGAAGUGCAACUUUGGAGGGUUAUUUAUGGGCCCGCGCGGUCUCGUGAGUGGCUGCCAGGAAACACGUGACGCCAUUAAAGUUUGCUUUAUGGCCCGUGGCUUGACAAGACAAAAUAUAAUUCGCAUUGUGUAUCGGCGAGCGGCUCCAGAUGGGCCGGAGAGGAGCGUCCGUCCGGCCGGCCGGCCGGGUGGCCAGCCAGCCGGCCGCGUGGGGCUGCGCGUCCGCCGCGGAGUUGGAGGGAGCUGGCGGUGGUGCUGAUGUGUGCGCGCGCGCGCGCGCGUGUGUGUGUGUUGGCUGGCACUGCGGUAAGACGGCGUUUUAUCAUUUGCUGCUUGGGCGUAUGAUGUCACGAACACAUACCUAACGCUGUUUCCUGCGUGGAAAAGGAAAAUGGGGGCGGUUGAAUUGGGGAGUUGGGAGGGGUUCGGGAGAUGACGUUCUAUACGUGAUUCACAUAGUGAUUUUUUUGUUUGUUUGUUUGUUUGUUUCAAAUGUGAUUUAAAUCCAACGUGUAUUUAAUUGUGUUAGUGUAGCGUCUCUAAUCAGGACUUGAGUUGCAUUCCAGCUUUGUUUAUCCGCUACUCUUUAACCCAUUGUUAUUUUGGUGCGUGAAUGUUCUGCGUUCUAACGAGAAUAAUCACAUUAUUGUAUAAAAAUAAAAUAAUAUUUGUCACAUGUGGCCUACAGCCCUAAGGGCCCGAUGUGCCUAACAUUAGUUCUAAAAAAAAAAAAAAAAAAAAAGAGAUCUAAUGCUUAAAAGCGUGUUUACUGCUCAUUUUAAAAGUGUGCUAUGGUGUCUAAAUGUGGCAUAAGAAAAUCCGCCUUCUGUUUGGAGCUCUUGAAAGGGAGAAAUCCGUGCAAGAGUGCUGAGUGAAAAGAGGCCAAGAACACUGGCUUUGAGCGUUUAGUUGAAAAACGCUGACUGUAUGAUUCUUUUGUGCUGCAUUUCGGCUUUGACCCGUCUCAAGUGCUGGCUGGCCUUGGCAAGGUGAAAGACAGGUCAGCCUGUCUCAGGACUUAAUAACACAUGUGUGCUAUUUCUGCUGCAUUUCUUUUUUUUAUGUUUAUAUUUCAAAGAAUUUGAAACAAAUUUUGCCAAGUUAAAAACAUAGGGUCUUUUUUUUUUAUAUUCACAUUCACACUUCAAAUGGAUGUUCUUUUUUAUCAUUGGAGCAACGUGACGAGAAAAUCGAAGAAAAAUGAUCAACGCUGUUUGAUAUGCACAAUAAUUAAUCAGUAAGAGUGAAAGCUUGGAUGCCGAACUGUGUAAGUAGCUGCCACUGAGCUUAUAGUUAAUGGCUAAAAAGGGGAUUGCUCAACUUGUGCCCCCUUUGAGUUGUCAGAGGGCCUGAAAAAAAAUAAUUUUGGGGGGCCAAUGGGUUAACUAGCCCGUGUGGAGAUAAACUAUAGAUUUAGAUGACAAAGAAUUUGUUUACACUGAAAAAUAAAGGUGCUUCAGAGGCAAUGUUUUCCUAUGGGUUAAUUUUUGGCUGCCUAUUGUUUAAUAGUUAUUUCGAUUAAAAAAAUAGGGCUAAUAAUUAAGGAUGGUAUUUAUAACCAUUAGUUGGUUCCAUAUUUAGAACCUUUAUUUUUUUUAUUUCAAACCUGAAGGAAAUGUGCCACUAUUCCAUAAUUUCAAUGCUAAAUUUGAGGUGAAAUAAUUCAUGCAAGUUGGAUAAAGAUUGAGUUAAUCUUGAAGGAUUUAUUGGCAUCAUGUGGAUAGUUUCAGGACUAAAAAGAUAAAAUAUGACUUAAAUUAACUCCAGAAAAUUGACUGUAAUGCUAAUAUGAAGUUAAAGAGAUUUGAUUGAUUUUUGCAUUCUUAAGAUGGCUAGAGACUUGUUUUCUCCACCAAUUUAAAGAUUCAUAAAAGGAACCAAAGUAAAAAGUGAAAGAAACUGACAAACUGUUGCAUAAACUUUUCAUGAAAUUAGAUAUAUUCGUAGAAAAUACUCUAACUGCAGGGAGAAUAGACCAACCAUUUGUUUCCCUCACUUGACAAUUCUAAUUGUGAGGAAUGCCAAAAAGAAGCCAAAAUAACCGAGCCAUUAUCAAACAUGCAGGCAAAUGGUGGAAAUUGCAGGAAAACACACACACACACGUACACACACAGAACACACACACAGAACACACACACACACACACACACGGGAAGGAAGUCUUUGGGGGGGGGGGGGGGGUCCAAAUGAAGUAGUUGACAUGACUCGUCUCUUGGAUCGUUUCACCCAUGUUGAUUUGCUCUUUAGGAAGGCCUGCCGUCGUCUAUAUAUACCCUGUAGAACCGAAUUUGUGUGAUGCAAGCCCAGUCACAGAUUCGAUUCUAGGGGAGUAUAUGGUCGAUGAAAAGACUUCGAUCUAUUGACUUCCUUGCAUCCUCUGACAUUUUGAGCAUCAUGCCUGCAUGAACAUUUUGGAAUUGAAAGCAAACGUGGAAGUUCAAAUUUCAAAGCAACAAACUGAUAAGAUUUGAAGUCGGACGAUUAAAUUGAAUGUUGUAAGUUUUGUUUUUAUGGCAGGUGCCUGUCUCGCCUUUUCACAACAAAUGAUUUACUGCACUGUUGUCAUAUAUUGACCCCGCCCCAACUCAAAACAACUUGUUUUUGAGUGAACUAACUUAAAAGAUGUCAAUAAAUGAUAUUUUCAAGUUUUCCCAGCAUUAUUUACUGCCUUAGACCAAAAUGACACAAAUAGUUUUUGGGACAGUUUUUGGACGCACACGCCUUCCCUGCUCUUGUUUGUGCACCUAAUGAAUGAUUCCCAGAGGCGGCCAAUUGUUUGCGAGACGUGGCAGCAGAUGAAGGGAUGAGAUUGGUGUAACUUUUGGAUGACCCCCCCCCCCCCCCCCCCCCCCUUGACAAAGACAGUCGCCAUCAAUUGUCCUCACUCCGCUUGGGGCUUCUUCUUUGUCGCUUUUCAACACCACAGCACAAGCACAUGAGAGCUUGGAGGCGCAGGCUUUUACAUUUUUUGUAUUUAUCUUCCUUUUUGAGCAUAAUUCGAGAUAUAAAGUGUUUUUGUUCUAUCCAGAGUGGACCUUCAUUUUCGAGACGUGCACGCAAGCAGAUGUUUGGAGGUUUAUUUUUCCUGCAGGAGUCUAAUUAGGGGCAUAUUUGGAGAGGAUGAAAUUGCUCUUUACUUGUCUGUUUACCCGUGCGAGCAGCAGCGUCACCUCCAUUGGCCCGCACAGUCACAUGGUCCGCUAACUUUAUUCAGUUGACACCAAAGUAGGAGGGCUUUAUGGAGGCAGGAAAAAAGACAACUGGAGAAAAAUUAGUAUUUUCUACCUUCACAAAUUAAUGGCCAUGAGUUCGUAUAUGGUCAACUCCAAGUAUGUGGACCCCAAAUUUCCUCCCUGCGAGGAAUAUUCGCAGAAUAAUUACAUCCCUGAGCAGGGCUCGGACUACUUCAACCCCUCGCAGGACGCUGACUUUCAGCACCCGGCCAUCUACCCACGCGCCAACUACACGGAGCAAGCGUUCGGAUGCACCACAGUGCAAGAGUCUCCGCUGGAGCCGCGGGGUCACGUCCAAGACAGAGCCGGACAACCGAGCCCGUACGGCGCGCAGACGGAGCCGGGCGACUCGGUUCAUGUGGCCGGAGCCAGGACGUGUUCAGGCCAGCAGAACCCCAAGAGUCCAAACGGGAUCCAAGCGAAGCAGCCCGCGGUAGUUUAUCCCUGGAUGAAGAAAGUGCACGUCACCACGGUCAAUCCGGAUUACACCGGUUCCGAGCCCAAACGCUCAAGGACGGCUUACACGCGCCAGCAAGUUCUGGAGCUGGAAAAAGAGUUCCACUUUAAUCGCUACCUGACCAGAAGGCGCCGGAUCGAGAUCGCUCACACGCUUUGUCUGUCAGAGAGACAGAUCAAAAUUUGGUUCCAGAACCGAAGGAUGAAAUGGAAGAAGGACCACAAACUGCCCAACACCAAAGGCAGGUCGGUGCCGACCCACGGCCACCUGCAAAGCCUCCACAAGGACAACAGUACUGAAAUCACGUCCUUAUAAAUCACGACAAAUUCACUUUCAUCUGACUUUUUUUGUUGUUGUUGCAUGGACUGAAGUCGUUUUUUGAGCUUUUUUAAUUUAACAACAACAAAAAUCAGUGUUGUCCUGAGCCUGAGACUUAAAAAAAAAAAAAAAAAAAAAAAAAAGCAAAUCAAUCAGUAUUUUGCCGGAGAGGUUCGACACACUUCCUGCAUAUGGCGCCACGAAUUCAAGCAUUUUUUAAAAAAUAUUUUUUAUUUUUUUGGGUUGGGGUGGGGGGCUCUGUGGAUUUAAGAAUGUCGUCUCUCGUGAGUUCACGCUGGCUUGAAGUCUUAAGUAGCUCUAUUUCGCACAGGGAGCCCAUUCGUUCAAAUUACACACGCAAGGAAAAAAAACACAGCGCCUCUCACAAACGCGCAAUAUACUUGAAGGAAAAUCGCAAGCAGGAAAACAAAUCUCGUUUUUAUAUAUAUCGCUAGUCUUCGUUGCUUGUUUGUUUUAACUUAUUUUGUACUAUAAACGUUUUGUUUUCUUUGAAAAGAACAUUCCUUUAUUAUAGCCAUUGUUACGUUUCUUUGUUCAUAUUUUCCUAUCUGCCAAGCCAAUUUCUUUUUCAAAAUCGUCCCGCAUGACAUCGAGUUUGUUUGAAAUUUAGGAGAAUGUUGAAUUUUAUUUAUUUGCGGUUUUAAGUGGACGUUUUCGUAUAGCGCACACACGAUGAAAUGAAUGAUAUGUAAUCUUUUACAAAUUACACAUUUGUGCAUGGCUUUAUGUCGUCUUAGUUUAAUGUGAGAAUGUAUUUUGUCUUUAGUUACACAAAGAAGUGGGGGUGUCAAGCCAGAUUUAAAAAAAAAAAAAAAAAAGACCGUUUUUUUUUCCUUCUUGGUUUUGUUUUAAACCCGUCAUUGUCUGAAGACAAGAGAAGGCCUAGAAGCUGUCCCAGCUCAUGGAGGUCUUGCCGGGGAGGUAUUUGAGGCGAAGGUCGGUUGGCAGGUUCAUCCAGGGGACACGCUCAAGCCGCAAGGGAUGACCCCGACACCCCCUGACCCGGCAGGACGAGCUGCAUUUUCUCCCUUUUCGCCCUCACAAACAACUCCGCGAAGCAUCCAAAGCAAAUCGGUGCGUGAUUUCUACAACGGAGUUCUUAACUACCCCUAAAAAAAAAAAAAGACCUCCGAUGUUCUCUUGUAGGCGUCAUUGUUAAUGCAAUGUCUUUUACUGGUCUUAUUUUUGUACAUGCUUUCUACUUUGUAUUUGUGCACCGGGAUGUGAGAUGUAUAUUGGAAACAAAUAAAGAUUUCUACUGAUUAUGCAUUUAAAUGAUGGCAGAGGGACACAAGUGUCUGAUUUCAGUCAACCGCGAUUCAAUCAUUCAAAUGAGAAAACUGUAUUUAAAAAAAAAAAAAAAGAAAAGAAAAUAAGAAUAACAACGAUGAGUAAAAUGCGUUUCGGCACUGCUGAAAAAACAAUAUUUAGUGUUUUUCUUUUAUUAUUUUUCUUACAUUUUGACGCCCGAGGUGUCACAUGCAGGGGCGCUUUUGGAAAACAUCGGCCAAAUGUGCGCCUUUUGGCUCGUCUUCUUUUACGCAUCAAUUUACGCGUAACGUUGUCGGUUUCACGAAAAGCACAGAAUGCACAUAUUGUAUAGAAUAAAUACUCGUACAUUUAACACAAUAUGGACGUAUUUUUUUCUUUUGUUUACGCGGGUCAAUAGUCUUAACUUCUCUACUGUUCCUAAAUUAUUGCCAUUGUCCUCAUUUCUCUAUUGUCUCCUUUCUUUUUUUUUUUUCUAAAUGCAAACGCAGUCUUGUAAGGCAGUCAGCACACACACAAAAAUCACAAUACAAAACUUCAAUGGCAGAAAAUGUCAGGUGGCAGGGACACGUUCGUCUGAAGUGAAAAUAUCAGAUUCGGUUUGUGGGGGCUGAAAUUUAAAUUUUACCCAGCGAAUUGCAUUUAAAAAUACAUGACUUGUAUUUUUUUUUCCAUGAGAGGGAGGGGGUUGAACAAUAAUUUAAGUUGGAACAAGUUCAAAAUAUAAAUUAUUGAUAUUCAUAACGACAAGUAUAACAAAACAAGUUGUUUGCUCCAAAACAAUUUACUAUUUUUUUUACUAAUAUUUUAACGUCAGGGGUGGAAUACAAGACAAUUAUCACAUUGAAAUAAAUUGAAAUAUUUUUUUAAACCGCCCAACUCAAAAUUGUAUCAAAGUUUACUGCCUUGAAAUUUUGGGAAAAAUCAACAACAAAGAACGUGCGCGGAAACCCCUAUUUUCAAGUUUACGCAUGCAUGUGCACUCUAAUGAAGGCAUCCAUUGCAUGCCAGGUUGGGAGUUGAAGAAAAAUCUAUAAUUAAAAAUAAAUGUAUUACUAUCAAUUGAUUGCUAUGUGCUUUUAUCGAAGCGGUGGUUUUUGAAACACGUUUUGAUUUGAUUUUAAGUGGGACACGAGUAUUUGCUUCAGCGAAAUCCUCAGCAUGAUUUCAAAUGGCACCACUAGGAAAAGACCUCACACCUUGUUGAAGCUCAUAUCACACAAAAGGCCUCGAAUAAGACAUGUGGAAUCUCCACUACCCCCCCCCCCCCCCCCACACACACACACACACUCCCGUAUGUCUCCAAAUCAAAUCAAAUUGUUGUCCUUGAACGCAUCACACCAUCUAUGCGAUAGUCGGAUGGAUGCAAGACCCCCCCCCCCCCACCCCCCUUAGUAUUCGCAUAUGAUUGUAUGGGAAAAGUGUGUGAUUGGACUACACAUGUUGGGGUGAGCUUCCGCGCUGACCUACAUGUGCGAGCACCAAUAAAUGGCAGCCAUAGGCGCCGUGCCACUUCCAAUGACAGCCGCAUGCGCCAAGGCUGCUUCCCCGCUGCCGCUUCUCCCCAUCCGGCCAUAUUUGAGUCUUCUCCCCUCUCCCUCCGCCUUCCUUCCUUCUUGACAACAACAGCACGUCGUCUUUUUUGGGGGGUAGCAUUUGCAGAAAAAUCCACGCCGACAGCAUCUCUCCGGAAGCUUGCUUCCCCCCCUUUCUGGUCUCAGAUCACGUGACCGGCCCGAUAAUUAAUGCAGCUCCCCGUUGCCCCCCUCGAAGCUCGGCGUCGUCAUUAAUCGCGAGGACUCUAUCUAGACUUGAAAAACUGAAAAGAUCUUUCUAAGGAGAAAGUGGGGUGCAUGGGGGGAACAAUAAUAGCUUCUAAGCAGCACAGCAGCGUCAGGAGCGACACAUCCGAACCGAUGGAUGCUCGGGUGGAGUUGCGUACGAUGCUGAAUGUUUAAAGGACGUCACACACAUUUGCGCAGAUUUUGGUGACAGACUGGAGGCAAAGUGGGGGAGGCCAAUCACGUGAAAAAA